UGGUUGUUUCGUUGAAAUGAUUUUGAUUUUUGAUUUUUAAUUCUGAUGUUUGGUACUUUGCUGGAACGAUUCACGUACGGUACCGUAUGCUUCAUGAGCUUCAUUUCCUUUUUCAUCAUGGGUGAACAAUCUCUGCUUUGAUUAGUUUGUUCCAUUGCAAGUCGGAAAUUGUAGCAACGUCAUGGGAUGCCCAAGUGCUUUAAGGCUCGGCAUUUUCACGAUAUGGGUGGCAGGGACUAUUUCGUUCGCACCGACGACUCGAAAUGCCAUAGCGGCACUCCGGACUAGCAGCAGCAGUUCCAACGGGUUUCACAAGUUUCGAUAUAAUGGAACUUGGUCGAGAAUACGUUCUAGAAAGGACAAGAUGACCACUUCGGAUCAGGGAGAAGAAGAAAAAACAUUUCCAAGCAUCCGAGAAUUGAGAAACGAACUCCGCAAGGAGUUGAAGAAUACAUCUCCCCAGGGAGCAAUCAAAGCUAAGGGUAUCUUGGAUCUCAUGUUUCUUCGCUAUGGUCUGGACAAAAAUACAGAGAACACGACUGUUUCCAGAAACGAAAGAAGAAGGAUUCAGAAGACCCGUCCAAUGGUUGAUGCGAUCGACUGCACACAAGUCAUCAACGCAUGGAGCAAGUCAAGACGACGCGAUGCUCCACAACAAGCCCUGGCAACCCUGAGAAGAAUGUACACCACAUUCCAAAAGGAUGGAAACCCGUGCAUUCGACCGGAUAAUGUUGCGUACAACUCGGUCAUCAAUGCCUUUGCGAAGCAGGGAGACUUCAAUGGUGCCUGUUCAGUCUUUGCCUUGCAGACCGAAGAUUUCAAGGAGGGAGGCAACACCAAGGCCAAGCCCGAUGCGUACACCUUUAGUACAAUGAUCAAUGCCUGUUCUCGAUCCAACCGCGAGGACUUGUCGGAAACCGCCGAGAAGUUGCUGACAACCAUGAAUGAUUGGCACGCUAGGGGAGAUCUCGAAAUCGGCCCUAGUACAAUGGCCUACAAUUCCGUAAUCAAUUGCUUCAGUAAAUCCGAUGCACUAGAUGCUCCGGAACGUGCUCGAAGGAUUCUAGAAACCAUGGUGUCUCGGUUUGAAAGCAUAGGCAGUGAUAGUAACGAUGGUCAUGAUAUCGCCAGACCCAAUGCCAUCACGUACAACUCUGUAUUGAACGCACAUGCAAGGCGCGGAGACGUGGAGGGAGCGACAGAGGUUUUCGAAAGGAUGAAGAAGGACUUCGAAUCGGGAAACAAUGGAGCCAAACCCCAGGUGCAGACCUAUAAUAUUCUCAUCGAUGGAUGGUCAAAAUCCAAUAAUAAGGAUGCACCAGAAAAUGCGGAGUCCCUGCUACAAGAAAUUAUUCGUAUGGAGUCUGAAGGCAAAUUCGAGCGGGGCGAGGGACCUGACUGCAUCACGUACAGUGCUGUCAUUAAUUGCUUCAGCAAAUCCAACGCCUACGAUGCUCCAACCCGAGCCCGAACAAUUCUCGAGACAAUGAUAUCCGAGUACGAAAAUAGUAGCGAGAAAAAUAGCGUUAGGCCUGAUACGGUUGUGUAUGGUUCGUUAAUGAAUGCCUAUGCAAGGCAGGGGGACACCAAAGGAGCCUCCGAGGUGUUCGACAUGAUGAAGAAGGACUACCAUUCUGGAAAUCAAGACGCCGAGCCAAACGUGCCAUCCUACAACAUCUUGAUCGAUGCAUGGUCGAAAUCCAACAACGAAGAUGCUCCAAACCAAGUAGAGCUGCUACUCAAGGAAAUGAUUCAGAUGUGUUCGGAUGGUGACAUCAAGAAAGGACCGGACGCCAUCACCUACGGUGCCGUCAUCAACUGCUACAGCAAGUCCAAUCUGCAGGACGCUCCCCAACGAGCCCGUGAUCUUCUGGAGAGCAUGAUCGCCCAGUGCAAAGGCAACGACACCAAGGAAGAUAUUCGACCCAAUACCAUUACGUAUGCCGCCGUAAUGGAUGCCUAUGCGCGGCAAGGCGAUGCCGAGGGGGCGACAGAGAUUUUCGAAAUGCUAAAGCGAGACAAGAAUUGCAAACCCAACGUCCAGACCUUCACGAUUCUUAUCGAUGCGUGGUCAAAAUCCAACUCCGAAGACGCACCCCUUGAAGCGGCACUCUUGCUGCAAGAAAUGAUGGGGAUGAGUUCUUCCAACAAAAAGCAGCCGAAGACAGGCACCCUGCAGAAAGAUUCUCUGGGCCGGGCCCGGGACGUCCUAGCUGAAGUGUUUGCUCGGUAUAGUUAUAGAAACAUGUACUAUCGGCCCGACACCGUUACCUACAACGCGAUCAUGAAUGCAUUCGCCAAACGGGGGGACGUCCAGGGGGCCACCGCAAUAUUCAACGCGAUGGAUAGCGACUACUCUUAUUCUUACAACAAGGAGUCUCGUACCCACGAAAAGACUGGACCGGAUGUCCGAACCUACAACAUCUUGCUGGACGCAUGGGCCAGGUCGAGCGAAGACAACGCUUCGGCCGAGUCGGAGCGGAUUCUGAAGGAAAUGAACCAUCGCUGCGACAAAGGGGAAGCCCACAUGAAGCCGGACAGCAUCACCUACCGCACCGUGAUUCGAUGUCUGGAACUCUUCGAGGGGACAGAAAAAAGAAUCGAGGAAUUGAAAUCCAUUCCUUCGUCGGCAGCAUGAUGACUCGCCGACAAGGGAGUCGUAAGGUAGGUUUUUAUGUCGAACGACUCUCCUGUUUUUUGUUGUUCUUCCCGGUUUCGUGUUGGAUGCCUUUUGCCUUUCCAUGGCGUGUGUGUCCGUUAAUGCCGGGGUAGAGUGCCGCCCGAGACGGGAACGCUGCCAAAGCGUUGCCGUUUCGUUUCGCUCGGUCUUUGGACGAUCGAAAUUCAGCCAGCCACUCGUUGUUGUUUUGCAACAUGGGAGGCAGACCAACUCUGUUUCGAUAUCGGACAAGCGAUACAUUUUUUCUUGGAUCACUCGUUUCUUACUCGGUUCAUUUUUUGGCUCCCUGUAUCAAAGCAACUCGGUAACGGUCGCAACUACGGAAUGAAUUCCAAUGGUUUGCGGUGGGCUUUCGAGAGGCAAUUGCACCAAUGCGGUUAAAUUCUCUAGGUGAUGCGAAACACACCACAACAAGAAAGCUAGCGAAUUCUUUUCGAAAUACACAAACGUGGACGACACCACCAUUCGGGAGACGAAAUGGUAGCUUUCUAUCCAUAUAUUUUGUGAUUCAAUGCCCGAUGGAUGGUGCACGACAAAAAGUCAACCGCCAACAAGCUUGUAGAACCAUCGGGUUUCGACGUUCUGUGUUUGGCAGCAAUUCAAUACGUGCUUUGGUAUGGCAUAAGGUUCUGGUAUGGUCGAGCCAAGAAUUAAUGACCUUAAAGAACCACGCCGCAGGCCAACCAUGCUAGAAAUGGAUCAGCAUGUACUUCUGCUCACUACCAUUUUAAGAUGUAUAGAUACAAGUGCGUGCGAUCGCUUCGAAAAGUGUAGUAUUUUCAAUUAAAUUCCUUUCAACUCA